CGGUUUCCCCGGGCGCCCGGGGCACGGACCAGGCGCCGCCAGGGCUCCGGGCCGAGGCACGCGCACCAUGGCCGCGGCCCCCGCUCCGGCCCCGGCCCCCGCUCCGGCCCCGGCCCCGGCCCCGGCCCCGGCCCACCGGCACUACCGCGUGCAGCUGCGCUUCCUGACGGAGGAGCAGCUCUUCGCCCCUGGGCCGCUCUUGCCCCCCAACCCGACGUCUCUGCGGCUGGAGGUGCAACCCACAGGGGAGGAGGCGGACGCUACAGUGACUGACGCUGAUGGCGUCUGUGUCUUUAAAUGCUUACUCAACAGAGACACUGAAUGCUGCCGUGUGGGGAAGGAGUCCAUCUUGAUUGCUCUGGGGUACAACAGCGCUCUGCUAAAGUUUGAGUCUCAUGCUGAAUUCAGCGCAUUUUCAAAAACCUUGAAAAGAUGCCGGGAUGAAAAAAAGAAAUACUCAGUGUUUAGCCAGCGGACAGAAGAGGCGUCUGCCACACAAUACUUCCAGUUUUAUGGCUGCAUUUCCCAGCAGCAGAAUAUGAUGCAAGAUUUUGUGAGGACAGCCACCUACCACAGAGCCAUCCUCCAGAACCACAUUGACUUUAGAGAUAAGGUCGUUCUAGAUGUUGGUUGUGGAUCAGGAAUCCUGUCGUUCUUUGCUGUACAGGCUGGAGCUAGGAGAGUCUAUGCAGUUGAAGCCAGCUCCGUAGCCCAAUACGCUGAGAUGUUAGUGAAAAAUAAUCACCUUUCAGACAAGAUCAUUGUUCUGCCAGGGAAAAUUGAAGAGAUCUCACUUCCUGAGGCUGUAGAUGUGAUUAUUUCGGAACCAAUGGGGUACAUGCUGUUCAAUGAAAGGAUGCUGGAGAGUUACCUUCAUUCUAAAAAAUGGCUGAAAACAAAUGGAAUGAUGUUCCCGACAUUCAGCGACAUCCAUUUGGCCCCCUUUUCUGAUGACCAGCUCUACAUGGAACACUACUCCAGAGCCAACUUUUGGAACCAGCAGUGCUUCUAUGGGGUCAACCUGUCCAGUCUCCGGGGUGCUGCAGUGGAUGAAUACUUCAGACAGCCAAUAGUAGACACUUUUGACAUUAGGAUUUUGAUGGCUCGAUCAGUCAAGUACACAGUAAAUUUUAUGGAUGCAGAAGAGGCAGAUCUCCACAGAGUAGAAAUCCCCUUUGUGUUUCAGAUGACACAGUCGGGCCUCGUCCACGGCCUGGCGUUCUGGUUUGACGUGGCCUUCGUCGGAUCUGUGGUCACGGUUUGGCUGUCAACGGCGCCCACUGAGCCUCUGACCCACUGGUACCAGGUGCGGUGCCUUCUUCAGACUCCUCUCUUUGCCAAGGAAGGAGAAACCCUCUCAGGGAAAGUGCUGUUUGUGGCCAAUAAACGACAGAGCUAUGACAUCCAGAUCGCGGCGCUGGUCAACCAGACGGGCUUCAGAUCUGGGAACAUCCUCGACUUGAAGAACCCUUUCUUUAGGUUUGCAUAGAAGACUGAUAAGUAAAAUGAAGGCCUGAGAAGUCCCUCAACAUUCAAGUUCAUGGUUCACGUUUCAAACAUGCAUUCCGAAUUUUACAAAAAUAUUAGGUUUAUUUAAAUUUUUUUUCCUAACUCUAAAGUGUGCAUCCUAAAAUUGUUGACAAGUCUGUUUCUUGGAGCUUCUUUGACUGGCUUUUUAUAGCUUUUUGCAUGUAGUUGGGGAACAAUUUUUUUUUUAAUUUGUGGUUUCCCUUUAUUUUUAUUUUAAUAAAGCCAUCAGCAUUGCUUCCAUUUCUGAAGUAUUUAAAAAAGAAAGUUAAUGCUACCUCAUGUUUAUAUAUAUGCAUAUGUAUGACAUGACAUAGACUGUGUUAGAAGUGAUCUUCUAUUUGCAAUUUUAAUCUAUUUUUGCAAAUCUUUUCAACAAAUCAAUGGCUAGUUCCUAGCUCAGCAAUGUGUUAAAGAAUCUUUGCCUUAUUCAUGUAAUGGAAUAAUAUGAUGUCAGAAAUGCUCCUCACUGGCAAUAUUUGAUGACUCUGUACAUGGUUAAGAAAGUACAGAUGGAACCUUUGUCAGUUCUGUUAGGUUUACAAUAAAGCGUUCAGUGUGAGGGACCAGUGGGGCCUCUCCUUCACUUUAA